AAACAGCCUGAAGAGGAGGUGGAGAAUGGUAGGACACCAUGGUUAUAUGACCAAGAAGGUGAAGUAGAAAAACCAUCUCUCAAGACUGGAUGUGCAGUGUCUGUAAAGAAAACAACAAAUAGUAAUCGCAAAAAUCAAUUAGAUACCAGUAGGAGAAGACGCCAGUUUGAUGAAGAGUCGUUAGAAAGCUUUAGCAGUAUGCCUGACCCAGUAGAUCCAACAACAGUAACUAAAACAUUCAAGUCAAGAAAAGCAUCUGCACAGGCCAGCCUGGCAUCUAAAGAUAAAACUCCCAAAUCAAAGAGUAAGAAGAGGCAUUCUACUCAGCUGAAAAGCAGAGUUAAAAAUAUUGGGUAUGAAAGUGCCAGUAUGUCUAGCACAUGUGAACCUUGCAAAAGUAGGAACAGACAUUCAGCCCAGACUGAAGAGCCUGUUCAAGCAAAAGUAUUCAGCAGAAAGAAUCAUGAGCAGCUGGAAAAAGUAAUAAGAUAUAGUAGGUCUACAGAAAUAUCUUCAGCACAUGCUAGGAGAAUACUACAGCAGUCUAACAGAAAUGCAUGCAAUGAAGCGCCAGAAACCGGGAGUGAUUUUUCCAUGUUUGAAGCUUUGCGGGAUACCAUUUAUUCUGAAGUAGCUACGUUGAUUUCUCAAAAUGAAUCUCGUCCACAUUUUCUUAUUGAACUCUUCCAUGAACUUCAGCUACUGAAUACAGACUAUUUGAGACAGAGGGCUUUAUAUGCAUUGCAGGACAUAGUAUCCAGACAUAUUUCUGAGAACCAUGAAAAAGAAGGGGAAAAUGUAAAGUCAGUGAAUUCUGGUACUUGGAUAGCAUCAAACUCAGAACUUACUCCCAGUGAAAGCCUUGCUACUACUGAUGAUGAAACUUUUGAGAAGAACUUUGAGAGAGAAACACAUAAAAUAAGUGAGCAAAAUGAUGCUGAUAAUGCUAGUGUCAUGUCUGUAUCUUCAAAUUUUGAGCCUUUUGCAACAGAUGAUCUGGGUAACACUGUGAUUCACUUAGAUCAAGCAUUAGCCAGAAUGAGAGAAUAUGAGCGUAUGAAGACUGAGGCUGAAAGUAACACAAAUGUCAGAUGCACCUGCAGGAUUAUUGAGGAUGAGGAUGGUGCUGCUGCCCCGACUACGGUUGAUAGUUUAGAAGUGGAAACACCUAUUAUUGAAAAUCAUAGUUCACAGCAAUCUGUAAGUGAAGUUUCUACCGUCCCAUGUCCUAGAAUUGAUACGCAGCAACUGGACCGGCAAAUUAAAGCAAUUAUGAAAGAAGUCAUUCCCUUUUUGAAGGAGCACAUGGAUGAAGUAUGCUCUUCUCAACUUCUAACCUCAGUAAGACGCAUGGUUUUGACUCUUACCCAGCAAAACGAUGAGAGCAAAGAGUUUGUAAAGUUCUUUCAUAAACAACUUGGAAGUAUACUACAGGAUUCAUUGGCAAAAUUUGCUGGCAGAAAACUGAAAGAUUGUGGAGAAGAUCUUCUUGUAGAGAUAUCUGAAGUGUUAUUUAAUGAAUUGGCUUUCUUUAAACUCAUGCAAGAUUUGGAUAAUAAUAGUAUAACUGUUAAACAGAGAUGCAAAAGGAAAAUAGAAGCAGCUGGAGUGAUACAGUCUUACGCAAAAGAGGCCAAAAGGAUUCUUGAAGGAGAUCAUGGCUCACCUGCUGGAGAAAUUGAUGAUGAAGACAAAGACAAGGAUGAGACUGAAACAGUUAAACAGACUCAAACAUCUGAGGUUUAUGAUGGUGAUGGUCCCAAAAAUGUGAGCUCUGAUGUCUCUGAUCAAGAGGAAGAUGAAGAAAGUGAAGAAUGUCCAGUGUCUAUUAAUUUGUCCAAAGCUGAAACUCAGGCUUUGACUAAUUAUGGAAGUGGAGAAGAUGAGAAUGAAGAUGAAGAAAUAGAAGAAUUUGAAGAGGGACCUGUAGAUGUCCAGACUUCACUGCAGGCUAACACUGAAACUACAGAAGAAAAUGAACACGAUGAUCAGGUUCCACAGCAUGAUUUUGAAAAAUCAGCAGAAAGCAAAAAUGUCCCAUCAGAACAAGAACCCACUACUAGUAAAGAUGACCAAGAUAGCACUCCUGUGAAGCCCUGUUACCUCAAUAUCUUGGAAAAUGAGCAACCUUUAAAAAGCACUGUCCAAAAGGACGCUCUUACUACCAUCGAUUCAUCUAAUCAGCCUAACACUUUGCCUUUACCUUUAACUGAAAUUGAAACCUUGGUGCCUAGAGUCAAAGAAGUUAAAUCUGCCCAGGAAACUCCUGAAAGCUCUUUGGCUGGAAGUCCUGAUACUGAAUCUCCAGUGUUAGUGAAUGACUAUGAAGCAGAAUCUGGUAACAUAAGUCAAAAAUCUGAUGAAGAAGACUUUGUGAAAGUUGAAGAUUUACCACUUAAACUGACAAUAUAUUCAGAGGCAGAUCUAAGGAAGAAAAUGGUAGAAGAAGAACAGAAAAACCAUUUAUCUGGUGAAAUAUUACGUGAAAUGCAAACUGAAGAAUUAGCUGGGAAUUCUCAGACACUAAAAGAACCUGAAACAGUGGGAGCCCAAAGUACAUGA